ACCAAAACGGUGCGUUUUAAGUUCGGGAAUUAAGAAAUUGAAGUUCAGUGUAUAGAGUGAAAGACUUGAACAGAUUCAGAUCGAGAUUGAAGUGAUUCCGUUUGUACUUCGCAGUAGCACCAACUCCUCUUUGGUUCAAAUCGGGUUUGAAAAUCUUAGAAAAUGAAUUUCUUGAUGCGUUCAACGACACACGUGUAUUCAGACCGAGAAAAACCUUCAUCAACUCCAACAGAAUCACCACCACCACCACGUGUUGAUGCGCUUCCUUCACCGUCUCCGCCACCUCCCGGGGCCCACUCUUUAGAGACUCUUUUGUCUGAGGCUCAGUAUAGCCCAAGAGUUGAUCGGUUUGAAGGAGGAGAGAUUGACGGCGAAAACGGUGAUUUGAAAAAUGAUGUAACUGUUUUGGCUAAGCAUUUGGAUGUCAAUGAAGAAGAAGGAUGGAUUACCAUUCCUUAUAAAGAGCUUCCUGAAGACUGGAAUAAUGUGUCAGAUAUCCAGUCCCUGCGUCCUCUAGACCGUUCCUUUCUCAUUCCUGGUGAACAAGUUCAUAUUGUGGCAUGCUUGUCUGCGUGUAAGCAGGAUACAGAGAUUAUCACUCCCUUUAAAGUUGCUGCUGUGAUGAGUAAGAAUGGCAUAGGUCACAGUCCUAACAAAGAAAAUGGGAACAUCGAGAAGAGAAAUAAUUCAGUAGCUGGAGAAGAGCAACUUAGUCCUAGUAGUCAAGAUCAGAACAAGGAAAACCUAGUAAAGGCCGAUCGCCCAGCAGAUGUUUCUUCUGGUGAAUCCCUUCUAAGAAUGGAGGUUCAUAGAAGACAAACUGCAUCAUUGUUGGAAAAAUUCAAGAGUUCUCACUUUUUUGUGAGGAUUUGUGAGUCUGAUGAGCCACUUUGGUCUAAACAUCGUUCUUCAGAAAAGUCCAAUUCCUCUGAAACAAAUGACCAAAAGAUCUCAACAAUUGAAGUGAAAGAAAGUGCAAAACAUGAGUCUUCAAUUAGUGCAGUUAUUGAUAGAGCAAAUUUUGAUGCAACUAUUUCUGGUGGAGUGGCAAGAAAUUCUGUGAAGUGUUGUGCCCUACCUAAUGGAGACAUAGUGGUUCUUUUACAGGUGAAUGUUGGUGUUAAUUUUCUUAGAGACCCUUGUAUAGAAAUUCUCCAAUAUGAAAAAUAUGAAGAUAAAAUAUUGUCUUCCGAGAACCAGGACAAUUCAGUUUAUACAAAUAAGGAUCCAUGUGGAGACCUAUUGAAAUGGAUACUUCCAUUAGAUAACGUUCUUGCCCCUGCUUCUCGCCCGUUACCCCCUUCUCCAUUGUCUACAAACUCCGGAGUCAGUGGCACCUCUCAGAAGUCCCAUUCUUCAGCCUCAUCUGGCCCUCAGAUAUUCUCUUUUGGCAGCCAUUUUAGAAGUUAUUCCAUGUCAUCAUUACCCCAAACCCAAAGUACUAGUGCGCCAACCAUUUCUUUGAAAGCAGCUAGUUCUAAGCCAAAUUUUGACAUUGAUGAUUGGGAUCAGGUCUCAUCUCAGAAAUUUUUGAAGAAAAAAAAUGGGGCUGAAGAACUUUUGUCUUUUCGAGGUGUCUCAUUGGAGCAACAAAGAUUUUCUGUUUGUUGUGGCUUGCAAGGUAUCUAUACCCCAGGAAGAAGGUGGAGAAGGAAACUUGAAAUAAUACAACCUGUAGAGAUUCAUUCUUUUUCUGCUGACUGCAAUUCAGAGGAUCUUCUGUGUGUCCAAAUAAAGAAUGUUGCUCCUGCACAUGCUCCGGAUAUUGUCAUAUUUAUAGAUGCCAUUACAAUUAUAUUUGAAGAAGCUACAAAAACUGGACCACCAUCAUCAUUACCAUUUUCAUGUAUUGAAGCUGGCAAUGACCAUUCUUUACCAAAUUUAGCCCUCAGGAGAGGUGAGGAGCAUUCUUUUAUCCUUAAACCUGCAACUUCUGUGUGGAAUAAUCUAAAGGUUCAUGAUGAAAGUCCCCGCUUUCCAAAGUUGCAAUCUGGAAACUCGGCAUCAAAAUUAAGUCUUUCCUCCAAUAGUCUUGACAGAAGUAAUAUUUCUUCUAUCGAUGAUCAGUAUGCAGUUAUGGUGUCAUGUCGAUGCAAUUAUACAACAUCAAAGUUAUUCUUUAAACAACCAACGAGUUGGCGUCCACGUACAUCAAGGGAUAUCAUGAUUUCUGUUGCAUCUGAGAUGUCAGGAGAGUCUCCAGGACCUUGUGAAAGAAAUUCCCAACUUGCCGUUCAGGUUCUGACUCUUCAAGCUUCGAAUUUGACAUCCGAGGAUCUAACAUUGACAGUGCUUGCUCCAGCAUCUUUUACUUCACCACCUUCUGUGGUCUCACUGAGUUCACCAGCCACUCCAAUGAGUCCUUUUAUUGGUUUCACCGAAUUUUUGGGAAGGAUAAACGAUGAUGGCAGACCUCAAACAGUUUCUACGAAUGAUGAUGUCAUCCCUAGUUCUGGUGUGAGUUGUACACAUCUGUGGCUCCAGAGUAGAGUUCCGCUGGGGUGUAUCCCAUCUCAAUCCACAUCAACCAUUAAGCUUGAGCUACUCCCGUUGACUGAUGGCACAAUCACACUUGACUCUUUGCAAAUUGAUGUCAAAGAAAAAGGCCUUACCUACAUUCCUGAGCGCUCACUAAAGAUAAAUGCAACUUCAAGCAUUUCUAAGGGGAUUGUUUAGUUUAGACAGACAGGCUGGUUGAGUUUCAUUGAACAUGUUAUCUGGUGCUGUAGAAGCAAAAAUUGAAUGAUUUGUUUGCUUGGAUUUUUUAACUGCCCUUGCAACUUGCUCCCAGUGGUACAAAAGCAUCUUCCCUUACAAGAGCAUUGUGAUGGAGUUGGUGUGUCGAUUUAUUUAGAAAUAGAGCUUCACUUUUGUGUUGUAAACCACGAGGUUAUGAAUAGAUGAUUGUUUCAUACCCCUUGAAGGGGGAAAAUGUAAUUUUUAUAGAUAGAUAAAUCUAUUUUUUUGUGAAGAUGUACGUAUCUGACUUCAGAUUCAAGGUCAUGAUUGGCUUCCGGAUCCUUGCAUUGGCUCCUGCUAUUUAGUCUUUCAGUUGACAUCAAUGGAAGGAAAGCAUUGUAAACAUGGAUUUUUUUUUUUAUUCACACAUUAAUACACAUGGUUGGUGUGGUUUUCUUAUUUUAUGGAAGAGAAUAUUUGAACACUAUUAUUAUUA